AUGGAGUGUCCAAAUUGCGAGAAAACCAUUGGGAAAAAAGGAUACAAAAUCCAAUGCAGCGGCUUUUGUGAAUUAUGGUUUCAUUUAAGUACUACUUGCACAGGCCUCUCGAAAGAAAAUAUCGAAAAGGCGAAAGCAAACAAGCUAAAAUGGAAAUGCAAAACAUGCAGCAAAUUACCUCAAAAGGUCCCUGUAAGGGACAUUUCAAGCGAUCAUGAUGAUGAGACAUCCAGCUUAGAUGAGGAAUGUGAUGAUACAAACAAUCCCAAACUCGAUCCCAAAUUUGUAGGAAGCCAAAAAACUAAAUCAAAGAACUCCAACAAACUUGUACAAUCUUGUUUUAAAAAAUCCAAAAAGGAUAUUAACAUAAGCGAUUUAUAUAAUUUAAUAACAAAAAAAUUCUCAGACAUGGAAGAAUAUCUUAGUUUUAACAAUGAAACAGUUGAAAAAUGA